UGUGGUGGCGGCUGAAGGCGCGGCCGUGGUGGCAGGAUCCCGGCCUGCGCUGCAGCGCGGAGCCCCAUGGUGCGGGGCUGCGGCCCGGCGGCAGGAAGAACUCAAGGCCCGGGCUGCUCCGGCUGACCGUGCGGGCCGCGCGGCCCGAAGCCACCGCCGUCUAUCGGGCCCCUCGGGGCGCGGGCCGGCCCGCCAUGGGCUCCCUGUUCCGGAGCGAGAGCAUGUGCCUGGCGCAGCUCUUCCUGCAGUCGGGCACGGCCUACGAGUGCCUCAGCGCCCUGGGCGAGAAGGGCCUGGUCCAGUUCCGAGACCUCAACCAGAAUGUAAGUUCUUUUCAAAGAAAAUUUGUUGGUGAGGUGAAGCGGUGUGAAGAACUAGAACGAAUAUUGGUGUAUCUGGUGCAGGAGAUCACGAGAGCUGAUAUUCCCCUGCCUGAGGGAGAGGCCAGUCCUCCUGCGCCUCCGCUUAAACAGGUUCUAGAAAUGCAGGAGCAGCUGCAGAAGCUCGAGGUGGAACUGAGGGAAGUCACCAAGAACAAAGAGAAACUGAGGAAAAACCUGCUGGAACUGAUUGAGUAUACUCACAUGCUGAGGGUGACGAAAACCUUUGUCAAACGAAAUGUCGAGUUUGAACCCACUUAUGAAGAAUUCCCUUCCUUGGAGAAUGAUUCUUUGUUGGACUACAGCUGUAUGCAGAGACUGGGAGCAAAACUGGGAUUUGUGUCUGGCCUAAUUCACCAAGGAAAAGUUGAAGCGUUUGAAAAAAUGCUGUGGAGAGUCUGUAAAGGGUACACCAUCGUGACCUGUGCCGAACUGGAUGAGGCGCUCGAAGACCCUGAGACUGGAGAAGUCAUAAAGUGGUAUGUGUUUUUGAUCUCCUUUUGGGGAGAGCAGAUUGGCCACAAGGUCAAGAAGAUCUGCGACUGCUACCACUGCCACAUCUACCCCUAUCCGAACACUGCUGAGGAGCGGAAGGAGAUUCAGGAGGGGCUGAACACUCGGAUCCAAGAUCUUUACACUGUGCUUCACAAGACUGAGGAUUACUUACGGCAAGUGCUGUGCAAAGCUGCGGAGUCCGUCUACAGCCGGGCCAUCCAGGUGAAGAAAAUGAAAGCCAUUUACCACAUGCUCAACAUGUGCAGCUUCGACGUGACCAACAAGUGCCUCAUCGCCGAGGUCUGGUGCCCCGAAGCAGACCUGCCAGGCCUGCGCCAGGCGCUGGAGGAAGGUUCGAGAGAGAGUGGUGCUACAAUGCCUUCGUUUAUGAACACAAUCCCCACCAAAGAAACCCCGCCAACCCUGAUCCGCACCAACAAGUUCACCGAGGGCUUCCAGAACAUCGUGGAUGCCUAUGGCGUUGGGAGCUACCGAGAGGUGAACCCAGCCCUCUUCACCAUCACCACCUUCCCAUUUCUGUUUGCUGUGAUGUUUGGGGACUUUGGACAUGGCUUUGUGAUGUUCUUAUUCGCUCUCUUGCUGGUGUUGAACGAGAGCCAUCCCAGGCUACAGCAGUCACAGGAGGUCCUGAGAAUGUUCUUUCACGGUCGCUACAUCCUCCUGCUCAUGGGGUUGUUCUCAGUGUACACCGGCCUCGUCUACAACGACUGUUUCUCCAAGUCUGUGAACCUCUUUGGCUCCGGGUGGAAUGUGUCUGCCAUGUAUAGCUCCGGCCGCACUCCGGGUGGUCACAAGAAGAUGGAGCUUUGGAAUGACAGCGUCGUCAGACACAGCAAGAUUUUGCAGUUGAACCCGAGUGUUCCCGGAGUAUUCCGAGGCCCUUAUCCUUUCGGGAUUGAUCCCAUUUGGAACUUGGCCACAAAUCGCCUCACUUUCCUAAAUUCUUUCAAAAUGAAGAUGUCUGUGAUUUUAGGAAUUAUUCACAUGACUUUUGGUGUCAUUCUGGGAAUAUUUAACCACUUGCACUUCAGGAAGAAGUUUAAUAUCCUCCUGGUCUCUGUCCCGGAGCUGCUCUUCAUGCUGUGCAUCUUUGGCUACUUGCUCUUCAUGAUCGUCUAUAAGUGGCUGGUGUACUCGGCCGCCACUUCCAGGGAGGCCCCCAGCAUCCUCAUCGAGUUCAUCAAUAUGUUCCUCUUCCCAACCGGUGAGGCACACGGCCUCUACACUGGGCAGACGCAUGUGCAGAGAGUGCUGCUGGUGGUCACGGUGCUGUCAGUGCCUGUCCUCUUCUUGGGAAAGCCGCUGUUCCUGCUGUGGCUGCACAACGGGCGCAGCUGCCUGGGACUCAACCGGAGUGGUUACACGCUGGUAAGGAAAGACAGUGAGGAGGAAGUUUCUCUGCUGGGAAACCAGGACAUAGAAGAGGGCCGCAAUCAAGCAGAGGACAGCUGUAGAGAAGUGAUGUCUGAAGAGUUCAACUUUGGGGAGAUACUGAUGACACAGGUGAUCCACUCCAUCGAGUACUGCCUUGGCUGCAUCUCCAACACCGCGUCCUACCUGAGGCUCUGGGCACUCAGCCUGGCGCACGCGCAGCUGUCUGACGUGCUGUGGGCCAUGCUGAUGCGGGUGGGCCUUCGUGUGGACUCCACCUACGGGGUUCUGUUGCUGCUCCCUGUCAUGGCGCUCUUUGCCGUUUUGACCAUUUUUAUCCUUUUGAUCAUGGAAGGCCUUUCUGCAUUCCUUCAUGCCAUACGCCUCCACUGGGUAGAAUUUCAGAACAAAUUCUAUGCUGGUGCAGGCACCAAAUUCAUUCCUUUCUCAUUCAGUCUGCUUUCAUCCAAGUUCAGUAAUGACGAUGACCUGGCAUGA